AUCUUCCUCUUAGCCUCUUAUUUAUUUGCCACAGUGUAAUAAAACCUUUUAUUUAUUUAUUUCUUUCUUUUUAAAGAAAUAGUAGUGCAAGCAGCAUUUGAACAUAGUAAAGCACAUAAUGGUGGCAGCAUCAUGUUGUUGGAGGGAUUGGGAAGAUGUCAGGAUUUGUGGAAAGAGGAACAAAUCAAUGUUCAGAGGCAAGAAAUCCUACUGAAGAGUGCUUGGGACCUCAGUACCUUGGGACAACUCAAUAUUUUGGGACAAAUCUGUGAAUUUGGCACAGCUUUGAGUGGCCCAGCCAGAGCUUGCACCCGAGUUGAACAUAUCUGGAAAGAGCUGAGAAUGUGUUUCAGCAAUCAUCAUCCAACCUAACAGAGCUUGAGAGUUUCUGUAGACAGGACUGGGAGAAGAUCCCCAAAUUCAGGCAUGUUAAGCUUAUAGCCAAAAGCCCUUAAGGCUGAAAUCGUUGCCAAGAGCCCUUCAAUUCAACGAAGCAGGCUACUGAGUAAAAGGCCUAAAUUGUUUAAAUAUUUUUCAUUAAUGCACAAGUUUUCCAGACUGAUGCCAAAAACAUUCAUGUAAUCAAUUGUAGUUGAGUCAUGAGUGGUCAGAAUGUUCUCUGCUCUGCGGUCCGUUUAUCACCUCAACUUCGACCACAGCUUUUGUUGUUUGCUUCCUAUACAUUCUUAAAGCGUGUGCCUUGUCAGUAGAAUGCCCAUUACAUAAACACAACGCUGUCAACGACUGAUUCAGAGACCAAUUCAUCAAUAACGCGACCAGCCUCACACCAACAGCGCCGAUUUGAAUCCGACCGCUAGGUGGCAGCACCGCCACGACACACCGCAUGUCUCACACGUUCCGCUUCUGGAGCGAAACAUUUCAUUUCCUCAAUCUUCAGCGUGACUUAUUUAAUUAACAAUAGACACGACGCGACUCGGCCUGACAACAAUGACGCCAAUAAUCGCUGUUCUUCGGGUUUGAUUGACAGGCAGAGGUUUUAAAAUGUGUAAACAACACCCAGAGCACAUGACAUACAAGAAUUCAUCUCGGCUCUUUAGAGCAUUCAUACAGCUAGUGACAUUUAAAACACACAUACACCCACACCCCACAGAUAGACUAAAUUAUAACGUCUAUUGUAAAUAAACUACAUGAACCGACAGGCUAAAAAAAAAAAAGAGAGAGAUUAAAGUGAUGUAUUGUCUCAACAGGUGCUUCAGGUUGAGGUGUAAGGAUUCCCCCUUCAGUCCUCUGACCACAAUCUAUAAACCAUGCACAGUGGUCUGUAUUUUCUCUCAUAAGAAAUACAGUGUCAGGAAGGGUGUGUAUGUGUGUGUGUGAAUGUGUGAGAGAGGGAGCCCUGUGUGCAGCACUGUGCUAGAGCAGUUGGCAGAAACGUGUGAACCACUGAACUCCAGCUUGCAGCAGCCAUCAAUGGGGAGAAAUAAGCGCGCGGCGCUCUAAAUAAACCAUCUGCUUAACGGAACUUCAGUGCGUCCGCGCGGGCUGCCACAUCACCACAGACGGACAGCCAAUAAUCUCAGUAACACUGCUGAAACAGUGCUCCAGAGCAGAAGAAAUCAGGCAAGGAAGAAGAAGAAGAAGCAAAAAACGAGAGAGAAGUCGCGGAAGGAAAGUAGGCAGCGCGUGAGGACUGAGCUUUAAGCGGCUGUGGGAGAGGAGGCACUCCAGCCUGCAUGGCGUACACAAUGGGCUCGGGGCCCAAUGCUGGCCCUGCCAUUGGCGCUCAGCACUGUAUCACCAAGGUGGAGCUCUCGGUGUGCUGCUCGAAUCUGCUGGACCGUGACGUUGCGUCUAAGUCCGACCCAUUCUGCGUGCUCUUCCAGGAGGUGGACAGUAACUGGGUGGAGCUGGGCCGAACAGAGACAGCGGUGAACAAUCUGAACCCCGUGUUUGGAGUGAAGUUCCAGGUGGACUACCAUUUUGAGGAGGUCCAGAAGCUGAAGUUUGCCAUGUUUGAUGAGGACAAGUGCAGCAGCCAGCUGUAUGAGCACGACUUUCUGGGAGAGUUCAUCUGUACCCUUGGAGUGAUUGUGUCCAAUAAGAAACUUCAUCGGCCUCUUACUCUGGCUAACGGCAAACCAGCGGGAAAGGGAGCCGUCACAAUAACAGCCCAGGAGUUAUCAGACAACAGAAUAAUCACCCUGUCCAUGUGUGGGAGAAAGCUGGAUAAAAAAGAUUUCUUUGGUAAAUCAGACCCUUAUUUGGAGUUCCACAAACAAGGAGAGGAUGGAAAAUGGAUGCUGGUACACAGAACAGAGGUGAUUAAGAACACUCUGGACCCUGUAUGGAAGUCAUUCACUGUGCCACUAAUUUCUCUCUGCAAUGGUGAUGUGGACAGAAACAUCAAGGUGAUAUGCUAUGACUAUGAUAACGAUGGCGGCCACGACUUCAUUGGAGAAUUUCUGACCACAGUCACCAAGAUGAGUGAAGCACAGAACGCAGUAGAGGUGGAGUUUGAAUGCUUGAAUCCUAAGAAGCAGAAGAAGAAAAAGAACUACAAGAACUCUGGAAUCAUCAUUUUGAAGUCUUGCAAGAUUACGAGGGAUUACUCAUUCUUGGAUUACAUCCUGGGUGGCUGUCAGCUUAUGUUCACUGUUGGCAUUGACUUCACAGCUUCUAAUGGGAACCCCAGGGAGCCAUCCUCAUUACACUACAUCAACCCAAUGGGCAGCAACGAGUAUCUCUCUGCCAUCUGGGCCGUGGGACAGAUAAUACAGGACUAUGACUCAAACAAAAUGUUUCCUGCACUCGGAUUUGGUGCUCAACUCCCGCCUGACUGGAAGGUGUCCCAUGAAUUUGCGAUCAACUUUGACCCUACCAAUCCAUUUUGCGCAGGUGUUGAGGGCAUCGUUCAGGCGUAUUCCACCUGUUUACCUCACAUCCGCUUUUAUGGCCCGACUAACUUUUCCCCCAUAAUCAACCAUGUGGCACGCUUCGCCUCACAGGCCCUGCAACAGGACACAGCAGCGCAAUACUUCACGUUGCUGAUUAUUACCGAUGGCGUGAUCAGUGACAUGGACGAGACGCGCCAUGCCAUAGUACAAGCUGCCAAACUGCCCAUGUCUAUCAUUAUUAUUGGAGUGGGCAAUGCCGACUUUGCAGCGAUGGAGUUUCUGGAUGGAGACAGCAGCGUAUUACGUUCCUACACUGGAGAAGAGGCGGUCAGGGACAUAGUGCAGUUUGUCCCAUUCAGGGACUUCCGCAAUGCUCCGAAGGAAACUUUAGCCAAAUCAGUAUUGGCCGAGCUGCCUCAACAGGUUACCCAGUAUUUCAAACAGAGGAACCUGUCACCUAGAAACACCAUGGCAGAGUGAAAGUUUGAAGCGUGGAGUUCACACUGCAUGUUGCCAAAAUGUACUUAAUGUUUACAAAAAAAAAUUUAAAAAAAAAUCCUUGACCAUUCUGAAGGACAAAGCGCAUGCCUUUCUAUAAAUAAUUGUUUUUAAUAAAUAAAUGUUUUUAUUUAUUGGUUUUACAUAUGCCAAGUUCUAAAACAAGAUGCAAUGUAAGGUUGUUUGUGUGUGUGUCAGACACUAACUCCUCUAAUGCAGGGGUUAACAACUCCGGUCCUUGGACAAACAGGAGCAGCUGAUGACCAUCAGGGUGUGUUGGGAAAAGAGAACCUUCACAUUCAAAAGGCACUGGGAACUGGAGAUGAGCAACCCCGCCUAAAUAUUCACAAAGGGGCCGAGAACCUUUGAAUGUAUAUUUGUGUUUUAAGAGAUGAUAUUAUCUUUCAUAAUUGUAAUCUUUUCUGUAGUGCUUUGUAAUUUGUCAGUUGUAUAGUACCAUGGUCAAGGUGAUGUUUUUUUUUUUUUUGCUUUUAUACAGUUUGGUCAGUCUUUUUUGUUAUAGUACUCAGGUCAAUAAAUUUCACUUGAAGUGUU